AUGCGACUACGGAACAAGCAUAAACUGGCAGAUCGGUGGGAAUCCAGUGUCUACAGGGUGAUCAAACAAGUUGAUGACGUACCUGUCUAUGUUGUCCAACCUGAGGGGACGGAUGGUCCAACCCGCACUCUGCACAGAGAUCUGCUGCUGCCUUGUGGAGUGUUGACUGAUGAGGAACCUCUAGAGCAACCCGAGAAGGGAACGACACGACAACCCAGAACAAGGAACCGCCCUGUUCAACUGUCAGAGAGUGACGCUUCAGACUCUGAGAGUGAUAACUCCUGCACUAACAGUCCUCCAAUAUCUCCUGACAGAAAAUUCACUGGAGUAUACAAGAUUCCGAAGCGCUGCCAUGACUCCUCAGCUGUUCUCCCAGCUGGACCUGAAAUGUGUGAUGGAUACUUACCUAUGGGAUCCCUGGAUGAUGUCUUACCUGUCUGUGCUGCUGCUGCUGAAGGUCCCGUUGAUGCUGCUGAUGUUGAAAGUCCUGCGGCCGAUACUGAGAGUUCUGUCCCUGCUGCUGGUGCCGGAAGUUCUGUCCAUGCUGCCACUGCUAAGGGUCGUGUCCGUGGUGCUGACGCUGCUGGAGGCCCUGUCUAUGCUGCUGCUGCUGGAAGCCCUGUCACUGUCGCUGGAAGCCCUGUCUCUGCCGCUAGAAGCCCUGUCUCUGCUGCUGCCACUGGAAGCCCUGUCUCUGUUGCUGCUGCAGAAGCUGAAAGAGCAGCGAUCGGUGAGAAUUACUUUCCUGAGCCCGUGGGUGACUGUUGGAGAGACAUAGCAAAUGAGUCUCAAGAUGACCCCCUCUUUGGGAAUUUGGAGAAAGAGCCCUCGGAAGCACCUGAACUCCAUGAGGUGCCAGAUGAUGAAGUGCCUUCUGAAGAUCCUCCGACCAGGAGAUCUGAGAGAUCACGGAGAGCUCCCAGCCGCUUUCAGUAUUCCCAGCUAGGGAACCCCCUUAUUUCUUUCGCCCACACCAUAUUAGAUGGUCUUAAUAGGGCCAUGGUCUCUUUUAAUGAGCUAGAAAAUCACUCACUCCUGAGGAUAUAGCUUUCCGAAAGUUAGACCUGUAGACACCCAUGAAGGGACUCAGGGUGAUUUAAGGGGGGAGGGUGUAACCCACCUUAAAGUUUGGUUACUAAGACCAUAACUUUAGUUUUAGAACAGUUUGAGUUCAAUAAAUAUUUUAAUAUAUAAAUAGAAUAAAUAUGAAUAAAUAGCAAGAAGCUGAGUUUACAUGAUUAUAUGUAUUUCUUUUUUGGUCUGCUUGAAAGUGCAGGUAUUCUAAAAUACUUUUAUUGUGGUAUAGUCAUCUCCUAGGUGACGGGUUUGUUUUUCACUCUCGAGACUCCACUUGAAUGAAAUUGAUUAGACGUUACUGAUAAUCCUCUUAAGAAAAAUAAUACUCUUUAUCUAACUCUAAUCUAACUUUUUCUAAAUCUAUCUAUCUAUCAUAUUGAAUCAUUUUACCUUUCCUUAUAUCUAUUUUUCUACGGAUUGUUGAAGACCUGUGUUGUUUGAACCUCGAACUCCGAUUGGUUUUUUAUGUACACUGGAACACUGGAUGGCGAGUCAGUCCCCUUGGAUCGAUUGAACUGUUCUACCCUUUCAUACUGGAUAACCAACCCCUUGAACUGCCCUUUCAUACUGGAUAACCAACCCCUUGAACUGCCCUUUCAUACUGGAUAACCAACCCCUUGGAUCUGUUCCCUGGAUACAGAUAAGCCUUCACACAUACACUGACAUUGUACACUCACACCACCUUACCCGGGUAUUUCUUUUCUUUUGGACAUUUGAGUUUUUUACUAUUGAUUUGA